AUGGCGUCCCUUCCUGGCUUCCAGGAGCACUUUGGGAUCAGGUCGGGUGCCAACGCCAACGAUAUUCGCAACUUUAUAUCCAUAGUGUACGUCGGCUUCGGCGUCGGAUCUGGCCUGACGUUGUUCAUCAACGACAGGCUCGGAAGGAUACGGUCCUAUCGCCUGUAUGCACUCGUCUACUGCAUCGGCAGCCUCGUCACCGUCUUCGCGCCCGACGUGCGGGUUCUGUACGCCGGGCGUGUCGUCCAAGGCCUCGGCCUCGGCCCGCUCACCGUCAACGGCCCGCUGUCCAUUGUGGAAAUCUCGCCGCCGCAGAUCCGGGGCUUGCUGACGAGCUGGUUCAGCAUCGCCAUGGGGGCCGGCCUCAUCGGGGCCAACUUUUGCACGCUGGCUUGUUUCCGCCACGUGCCCGUCGGCAAGCUCCAGUUCCAAAUCGUCAUGCUCGUCCCCGUUGUCUACAUUGCUGCCUGCAUGGUGGGAACCCUCUUCAUUGAAGAGUCUCCCCGCUGGCUGUUCCUCGUUGAUCGUCGCCAGGAAGCAGUCGCAGGACUGGCAAGGGUUCGAGGUCUGCCUGCAGACGACCCUCGUCUCCAGCGCGAGGUUGCCGACAUCGAAGACAAUAUUAACAAAUCGGUAGAGGCAGUAGGUGGUUCAGGUUUCUGGACCAUUGCCAAGGAGACCUUUACUUCAGCCUCGAACCUGCGGCGCGUGCAGCAGAGCCUUCUCACAUACACUUUUGCGCAGCUGUCGGGUGCCAAUCUCAUCACAUCGUACUUUGUGCCCAUCAUGGCCAUCGUUGGCAUCUCCGGCGGCACCGAUCAGUCCAUGUUCUUGAGCGGCAUGUAUGCAGUAUCCAAGUUGAUCUAUUUGCUAGUCGCCACGUUCUUCCUGGUAGAUGCGUUUGGCCGUCGCAGGUCGCUUUUUCUAGGCGCCGGGGUACAACUGGCCACACACCUUUAUCUGGCAAUCUAUCUUCGGUUUUCGCAAAAGGGACUUGCCACUGAGGCAGCUUCGAAAGUGGCCGUUGCAGCCUUGUUCGUUCAUGCGUUUGGGUAUAGCGUCGGGCUUGCCCUUGUACCAUACAUCUUUGGUAGUGAGAUUUGGCCCAAUCGCAUCCGUUCUUUUGGCGGAGCAAUGAGUCAAACCUUUCACUGGCUAUUUAUCUAUGCCAUGCAAUACAGCAUGCCGUCAAUCCUGUCCGCCUUUCACCAGUGGGGAGCGUUCCUGUUCUUCGGCGCCUGGUGCGUCGUUGCCAUUAUUUAUACAUUUCUGAUGGUCCCCGAGGUGUCUGGUCUCACUGUGGAGGAAAUAGAAGACACUUUCAAGGGUUCAUGGUUUGUCGCUUACCAGACGUCGCGACGACGACGAGUUAUUGAAGGGCGAGACGAUGCUGAGGGCUCAGUUCUUGGUAAAACAGUGCAAGUGCAAAGAGGCCGUCAUCAUAACAUAUCAAAGGACGACAAAUAG